AUGAAUUGUGACUCAGACACACUCUUAGGACUGCCAUGCACAGCUGACAGUGUAUUUCUACCGCCCAGUACACCACCAACUCCUGCUCCAUUGAAGUCUCCUCAUGACUGGAGUCUGUAUCACAGUGAUGUUGAGUUUGCAAUGGCAGAGUUUACCUUCAAGCAAUGCCAUAUGUCUAACAAAGCUUCGGACAUACUAUUCGACUUGAUGGCUGUGCAGCUAUUAAAACACAACGACUCCCCUCCAUUCGUGGACCACAAGGAUUUGCACAAGGUCAUUGACGCUACACAGCUUGGCAAUGUCCCUUGGCAAUGUCUCUCGGUUCAAUACGCUGGGGAACGCCCUGAGCACGAUACUCCUCCGUGGAUGGGCAAAGACUAUGAAGUUUGGUACAGAGAUCCCCGCGUGAUGGCACACAACAUAUGA